AUGGAGACCCUCCUCUCGCACUCCUUUGACUACCUUUCCUCAGCCUCGCCUCAAAAGAUCCGCAAAGGACUACGACAAGUCGAGGGACUGCUUGCGCAACUAUGCCUCUUGAAAGCGUCACCCGUUGACAGACGACAAUCGAUGAUGCUUCUCGGAUCAUCUCCACCGCAGUUGGGCAAACGAUUGUGUGAAUUGCCUGAGGAUCCAGCUUUCCGGGAGUUUUUCAAGUUGCAACAGAGUUUCCAGUGGAAUAUUGCCAUGAGACUGGUUGCUUGUCUGGAGAGGCUCUUGGGCAAGGAAAGCAAUGGUACAAACGAUCUGCUGGUCACCCAAACAUUGGAUCUCAUCCAGGGCAUCCUCUUGCUCCACCCUCCAUCUCGAGCGCUUUUCGGCCAGGAGAUCUACAUGAACCUGUUCCUUGACCUCCUAGACCCGUCGAACUGCCCCGCCAUCCAGUCUUCUACCAUCAUGGCUCUUGUCACUUCCCUGCUCGAUCAACCACAAAAUACGCGAACCUUUGAAACCAUCGACGGCCUUUUGGUCGUAACCUCCCUUUUCAAAUCCCGCAGCACGUCGCGCGAAGUUAAACUGAAACUCGUCGAAUUUUUAUAUUUCUACCUGAUGCCAGAGACGUCUGCCUCCAAGAUUUCCACAUCAACAUCUGCCAGCAAUACCGCCAUCCUGGGUGGGCGGGGGAAAGAACUGAUCGCUGCAUUUGACAGGCGGCGAGAGACGGUCAACGGCGCUGACGGAGCCAGCACUGCGAGUGGAGAUACAAGGACAACUGAAGAAAAGCAAAAACUACUUGGGAAAUACCUGACCAAUGUGCAGGAUCUGGUGGAGGACUUGAGGGAAGGCGGCGGCGUCUUUGGUUCGGGCGGCAUGUAA